CACCGGGUUGAGAUGAAUCGUCACGAUGACGCUGGCGACCAUCCCCCACCACCCCUACACCUUUUUACUCUGCUGCAAAUGAAAAGUGUAUCUGUAGUACUUCUACUACGAACCACUAGGGGACCUAUUUUUUCAUCCCUUUUCUAUUUUUUUUUUUUACCGGAGUCCUACCAGCCAGGCUCUUCCCCCUCUCUCCCUCCCUCCCUGCUUGCCUCCCUUCACUCCCACCUCUUCUACCUCCCUUCACUGGACUCCUAUGCUAGUAACACCGGUAGGUUAGCUAUUGUCGGUCUGUCAACCAGAGACAUAGAGAGUAGAUGCUUUGAUUUCACGCUGCAACCACAGCAGAGGAGAUAACGGAAACAGCUCUAUGUGGAAAGCUGAGAGGGAGACAAAACAGAGGAGCUACAAGAGAAAAGCCCCGGGUGACUCAAGAAACUGGGCCACCAGAGAUACCUGUGGUGUCAGAGGAGGGACUAAAUUCAACACCACCUCUCUGCACAGAGGGGACAUUUUAUUCUGCCUGAGAAACUCACUGAUGACAACAAUGCAUACUUGUGCAGGUUUAAUGGCUGCAACAUGAAAUCUGUAGCACCUGUAGCGGAAAUGUCUUGCUGUGGCCAGAUCAUAAUUUGCACUCCACUGGCUGUAAAUGAAGAUUGCGAGAGCUUUCAUGAAUAUACUCUAACUUGAACUAGCAACAAGUGCAAGGAGUCAAGCAGACGAAGAAUAAUCCGAAAACACAUAAUCCAAUUUAGACAACAACACUGCUGUAACAAACAACAAAAGAGAAGGACAACAUCCAAGUGACCAGCUAACAGACAGAUUGACACUUUGACCAGCCAGGGCUUGAGAUAAAUGGCUGACAAGCAGAUCAGUUUGCCUGCUAAAUUGAUCAAUGGGGGGAUCGCUGGCCUAAUUGGAGUGACCUGUGUGUUUCCCAUUGACUUGGCCAAGACUCGCUUGCAAAACCAGCAAAAUGGAUCUCGCCUUUACACCAGCAUGUCAGACUGCCUUAUUAAGACCAUCCGGUCAGAGGGAUAUUUUGGGAUGUACAGAGGAGCGGCGGUGAACUUAACGCUAGUCACGCCAGAGAAAGCCAUCAAAUUGGCUGCCAACGACUUCUUCAGGCAUCACCUCUCCAAGGAUGGAAAACUCACUUUGGUCAAAGAGAUGCUGGCUGGGUGCGGGGCAGGUACAUGCCAGGUUAUUGUCACAACUCCUAUGGAGAUGUUGAAAAUCCAGCUCCAAGAUGCUGGACGCAUUGCUGCUCAGAGGAAGCUGAUGCCAGAGACGGUGGCGGCUGGUACUGUGGAGACCAAGUCCCCAACAGCCAUGCAGCUCACCAGAGAAUUACUGAGAGAAAAGGGCAUUGCUGGGCUAUAUAAAGGCCUUGGUGCCACAUUGCUCAGGGAUGUUCCGUUCUCCAUCAUCUAUUUCCCCCUUUUUGCCAACCUGAAUAACCUGGGCAAAAGAGGCAGAGACGGGCCCGCUCCUUUCUAUGUGUCGUUCUUAUCAGGCUGCCUUGCGGGGAGUACAGCGGCUGUUGCUGUCAACCCCGUCGAUGUGAUAAAGACUCGAUUGCAGUCCCUGAAUCGAGGGAGCACAGAAGACACGUACAGUGGAGUGACUGACUGUAUCAGCAAAAUCAUGCGUAAUGAGGGUCCAUCAGCCUUCCUGAAGGGAGCCUACUGUCGAGCCUUGGUCAUUGCGCCUCUCUUUGGCAUCGCCCAGGUGGUCUACUUCCUGGGUGUGGGUGAAUUUAUCCUCAGCUUCUUGCCUAAAAAAGACAACUAAAAAGCACCUCCUUUUCUGCCUUUCCCUCCCAUAAUGCAUCACCGCAACUACGUGAGGAUUCAUCUCAUUCUGAAAGAAGUUUUUGAUCGUAUUUUGGGUCAACGCAUGACCAAUCAGUACAUUUUGUUUCAAAUUUGUUGUGUUGAAUGUUCAAAUAGAUUAGGAGGGAGCCUUUGUUUUGCCAAGCUGCCUGUGGUGGCACACACAAAUUCCAGUAGGCAGGCUCAGCUCAGCUCUCUGGAUAUGAAGCCACAAAUAUCAGUUUUGAAGGAAUAUUGCUUUACGAUUACAACAUGUUAUUGCAUUUUUGAAUAUGAUUGUUGAAUUUUCGAAGUAGAUGCACUGCCCUUGGUUGCUGCAGUUCUGCAAGCUCAACAGUACCUAAUAAUUUUAAACAGCAUUAGCCUCUGAAUGAUUGAGAAGACCAUUGUGAUCAAUUGAAAAUUAUAAACUGUAACUACAUUAAAUGCACAAACCGUACUUAGAUACUAAAAAUAUUUGAGAACACAUUUACUAAGAAUCUAAGUUAAGAUUUUCCCCAAAGCUUAUGUCUUAAAAUAUAGUAUUCUUAAAAUCAGAGCAAAAUACAGUAGAUGCCUCUGUUUCAGACAAAGACCCAGGGAAUGUGUUGAUGUGAUACCAGCACACCCCCUAUGAUCUUUCCUGAGAAGUCACAUCCCUUCCUGUAAGUGGCUGUAAUGAACUCAGCCAUUCAGCUCCGAGCAGACUUUGAUUGCCUUGGCUUUUUAAGUGGAUCAGGUUCCAUCUGAUAUUUAGCGCUACCACAAUGGUUUGACUGUUUUGCCUCUGUAAGAAAGAUAGCUGUGUUCCACAAUAGACUCAAGAGACAGUGUACAACAAUUGAACCCUAUGCACUGCCAAACUACAUACAACUCUACACAGAAUCAUAAAAACUGUCAAGCAUGUUGUAUUUUCUAACCACACCCCAAUCAGUGAUGUCACAGUGGGGUUUUUUUUUCUUUGACGGAUGAUGGAAAACACCUGCUGUGACAUCACUGAUUUGAUUGUGGCCAGAGAAAAGUAUGCUUUAAAAAAUUUCAGUCCACAGAGAGAAGCACAAGAGCAGUCUUCUGCCCUGGCUGACUCAUUGUGGAUUCAAUUGAAAGCAUUGAACACUAAAUGGUUUGAAAGUAAUUGUAAAAGAAUGCUAGAUGAUUAGUAGAUAAUCAGUAAUUAUGCUGACAAAUGGUCAGACAUAACCUGCUGAGGCCUCAACCAUACAGUCACCCAUUGUGGAGCCAGUAAGACCUUAGCUGAAACAGUUCAUUUCCCUUUACAUCCACAUAUAAUUAUCAUUGUUUACAGAAGAGUUCACUCUCAAUUUAAAUUCAUGAAACGUGUCCGAACUUGAAUUCAGUGGCAGGACCCAAAGAGCUAAUGAAAAACCUUUCUUUAUCGGAAAAUCAAACCAAUGUUGUAUGAUUUUUUACCAAACAUCUCUCGCUUGUUUGCUUUAGAGGUUUUGUUUGCUUUAAGCUGCUCGGGAAAGCAGUCCUGUUGUAUCUCCUUUAUGCAUCACCACACUGAAUCCCUGCCAUUGGUUUAUCUUGCCGGAGAUCAAGGUGACUUUGAUGUGUAUUACCCAAUCACAUUCCUUCCUUGCUCCCACUGUUCAAGCAGGUCCUCACUUGUACUGUUGCACUGUAGAUAUGCGACGCAACUUUUCAAUGUAUUAUCAUUUGUGGGAGUGAGAACUAUUUAUCAAUAUUCCUUUCUAUAGGCAGUAUAGCACUAUGUAUUUGUGUGUGUUCUUUUUCUGUGUCAAAGUGUCCACCUUAACUAUAUUGUACAUAUGCAGAUGAUAUGAACUUUAUGUUUUAGGAUUUAUUGUUUGUUUUGUACAUGAUGGCUUAUUUGCACACCUACCUCUCCAGCUCCCCUCCCCUCAAUCCAUAUUGUGGUGAUUUUAUGUUAUGAUGAUGUGGACAUAUCAAAUGAAGGAACAUGUUUUAAUGCAACAAGCAUCAUUUGAACUUAAAUGCAGAAUAUUGAUGAGGGUUUUUUUACUGUAUGCAAAGGGGAACACUAGAGUAGAUCUUCUUCGAUGGCUGCUUGGAGGUGCCAUUUCUCCCGAGCUGCUGGUUACGUCUCUGGGUCGGCCUAUUGUCCCGUUUCCAAAUGUUUUAUCAACUAGGACCAAAUGAAACAUCAUAUAAUGAUGAUACAAAUGUAGUUAGCUCCAAGUGAAUGACCUCUGGCACUACUGAAACAGUUCUGGAAAUUGAAUAUACUCUGGACAAGGCCAAUAGUGACCUGUGGACAUCAGACAUUAAAUUUAACAUCUGUCUUUUUGAAUGGUGCUUCUUUCAUGAGGUAGCUCCAAUAUGACAGUGGCAGCACUAAUGACUAAGGCUGAAUCACUUGCUAGCGAAUGUCAGCAUUAUCAAUGUCUUAACUGAAAGCCAUAGGUCAGGGAGGGACAACAGAACUGCUAGACAUCGACUGGCACCUCCAGCCGUGAUGACAGAUAGCAGCUGAGCCACAGGAAAAACGGCAAAAGACCUGCCUACUCGUGUGAGCUCGUCUUCAUGAAUUACUGUUGUAGUUUUAUCGACAUUCCGAUUGCCAGUUCAUCUCACGUACGGUGUUCUUGUGAUCACAAUGCCUAUUUUUGUGUUGUUGAGAUUAUUGUUAUGAUUUUUAAACCCCUACUCCCCCACCGCACCCUGUUUUCAGAUUAUUUUUUCUGUUUUUGGUUGAAUCUUGAAAAUGUCGUACAAGUCAUUUAGUUUUACUCAGCUGUGAAUUUUCACUGACCUUGUGCAUUUGGUUAUGUAUGCGUUUGUGUGUCUGACUAUGUAGUGCUGUAGUUGUUGUGUAGUUGUUGGCGUGACACUGCGGUAUUUUUCUCUUUGUCAGUCCCAUGCUGUCUUCCCCCUCUUCCCCUCUAUCUCUCACACUCCUCUGCCAUCCUUUCUCCCCUGCAUCCGUCGCCGGGGUACAGGUUAAUGCAGAGGAGCUCUAAAACACCAAAUGUAUGACUUAGAGUGUAUACAAUCAAAGAAAGCACAAAAGGAUUAUUAGGCACAAGAGAUCACAUGGCCCAUGGUGAUUAUACUCAGACAAAGACCUUGGAUGUGAAUCUUGACAUUGAAAAAGGGUGUGCUGCUUUUGCAGACACGGAUUGAAGUCUGAAAUGUAUUUCAGUGGAGAUGUUGAUUGAAAUUUUAGUCUUGCAGGAAACUUAAUCGAUGUCUGUAAAACUUGAUUCAUAGGGCUGAGAUGGGUCAUUAUAUGAGACCCACUAUCAGCAGUUAUCCACAAAAUGUAUAUCACCUACAUAUUCUAAAUGAAUCAGAUAUAAGAAUGUAACUUAGAUAUUAUAAGAUGUAUUAUAAUUAUAUUAAAGAGAUUAUUACAUUUUAAUCUAAAGAUUUGUGUUUCACACAUUCACUGAAAAAUUAAUGAACCAGCUCACUGAUAUGCAAUAAGUAGAAGCCACACACUAGGAAAACAAACAAACAAACAAACAAACAAACAAAACAAACAGGAAAAAAACACAACACAACCUGUUAAUCACAACAUCACACAAUGUAUGAAUAAUGCAACCGGGGACCUUGGAGGCCUUUUGGGGUCUGAGCUCUCUUCAUGUUCUCUUCCUCCAAGAGGAACUGUGCAUUAGCACUUUAAAACACGGACCCCCACCCCACUGUCCAUCUAUAAUGUCUCUGUGAAUAUGUGUGGUGAAUGACACAGUCGUCUGAGACAUUAUUUACAAUGCAAUGAAAAAAAAAACUAAUAAAAUCUUGUGUUCCCUGUCACAAUUUGCUGUUCAAUAAACUGACUGUCCUUAACUCA